AUCUGAUGCCGGUACACAAAAUGAGAGACGUGAUGAGGGAAAUAGACAGACUCCUACUCUAAAUCAAUGAUGUGAUUUUGUCGUAUUUUCACGGAAGAAAUGUCGUGUCGUCCCUCGUGCUCGCUCCCUGUGGGCAGUUGCGGUUCGACGCCAGUCGGGCCGCGUUGGCGCUUUAGAUGUACGUCGCGAGUUGCAGAUCGUGUCGCGAGGGCCUUUAGAUUCGCAGCGUCGCACUCGAGCGCCGAGUCCGCUCCUCCUGAUCUAUCAGAGAGCGGACGACGAAGGGUCGAAAGUCCGACAGGAGCAUCACGUGCAGAACGGAGAGGGACCCGACGACACGGCAAGAACGAAAACCCGUCAUAUGCUCACGCUGAAAGGGGAGACGCAAGGAAUUCCGCAAGCAUUGCGCCGCGGUCCUGGAAAAUUGGUCACCAGCGCAUGGGAGGGUGCGUGGCGGGCCUAACAGCUUACUUCGGUCGAAAAGCUAGGCCUGGUGAGGCCCAGGCAAUUUCGUGUGUCCGCUCGAGGUGGGCGUUCACGCAAAGACGGUGCGCUCCGCGGCAGGUGCGAACGAAAUUUCGAAGUCGAGUGUCUGCCACUUCUGUGACGUGUAGAAUAAUGGAAUCUGCAUCUUCAGUUUUGAAAUCAGUUUUUUCCAUGUCGCUCAGAGUUACGAAGUGCAUAUGCGUCAUUGUUUGCAGCUUCAGAUUUGGCGUAUUUGCGUACGACUAUGAUGUUAGUGAGUGGUCGAGUUGGCCUGCACUAGCUGGGAUGCGGUGUCAAGAGAUAGUGGAUUUCUACCCAAUUGGUAGUGAAGGCGGCAACUGGACCGACGAUGUGGGCAGAGAGGCAGUGUCACUCUGCAUGCAGAUGGAGGAGUGUACUGGGAUCAUGAAGUAUGUGGGCGACGACGAGGCGGGUACGUGGUUCUGGCAAGCGAGACCCCAGUUUUGCGCUGGAAGCGAGGUGGAAUCCAUUACAGUAGAGGGUAAAGUUAAGAGGCUUCGUCCUAGACAGUUCAUCUCUUCCAGGCUUUUUUCGCUCUUUUCUGGAGACUGGUGGGAAGAUCCUGUGGAAUACAUGCAUGAAGUAUGGCAAGGUCUAAGAAUGCCGAUGAGGGAUCAAAACAGCAAACGGAAGGAACAGCUUACAUGAAUCGCGCAGAGACCAAGAAAAAUCAUGACUGGGUCACCAUCUUCAAGCCGAGCUACUUAUUCCGAGGUUGUCCAGAAAAAUACCCCCAGUGCUCUGUGGCUGCGGACCCGUGGCACUUGCCGAAAGGCAAUGACUCGUCGCAGUACGACUGUAUGGACGAUUAUGUAGAUGGAUCUUCGACCAGCAUUGUGAUCGAACUUUUGAUGUCUUUAGAUUAAAAUUACGAGUUUACUACUCCAAGUAAGUUCAAGUCAGCUCGUACAGCGAUUUAAGUCGUCAUGUUGAUCUGAAACAUCACAACGACGAGUGCUCCUUUCAUUUCCCGGAUCUAUACGACGUCGCAGGACAAGAUCCCAUUUUUCGCGCGCAACGGAAACAGAGUACAUUUAGACCUGCGAGAAUUUACUGGCAAGGGCCUAGGGGCAAGUCAAGCGAAGACCGGCUUCAUGUCAGUGUGGUUCGACCACUACGAUGCGCUGUGUCCCGGAGGCAUCGAUAUUCACAUGGCUAUUGAAGAAAUAGGGCUCGGCGACGUUUUUAUAGAUGACGGUACACCAGGGAUGCGCAAACAGGCCUUUGGACCCUAUCAAUUCACGUUCUUCUGCGGCGAAAAUAUCCACAAUCACGACUAUCCGCCACAAUCGCUGGUAGAACUUCGGUUUGUUUAUAUGGCGAAAUUCGUUGCCUCUAAGGAAAAACUUCUGUUCCACAUAUACAGCCGAGUGCAGGUCGAACUCACUGUAGUGUAAUGUUAAAUACGUUAGAGCUUAGUGUGUAGUGCUCGCAAAAAAAGAAUUACUUUUGUUUCCACCAGGUCGACACGCUUGUGUUCGGGACACUGCCGCUCGUGCCCUACGACAUGUAUAAAGAUCUGGCGAAAUUUCACUUCCAUCUGCCAGAUGCAGUCCAGGGUGUGCGUAGGCUCCGCCUCAAGAGCGCAGAAGACUAUCUUUCUGACCUUGCAGGCAAUCCUGAAAAAGAGGAGCUGAUGUCGUAUAAGCAAACUUUUCUGCUGGUCAUGCAAAACCUUCUCGCGUACCGCUACCGGGCUCUAGCUCCCGAUCGACUAGCACAUAGUAUGUGCCAGCUGUGUGGAAUAUCCGAAAAUGAUAAGAAACGCAAAGCUGCAGAGGUUUCAAGCGGAAGUGCCCAGAAAGCUAUAGAAGACAGUGGGGUAACAACGAAUGCAGCUAGUGGUGGAGGCGACGGUGGAUACAACAAAGAUGGUAAAAAGAUUCAGAAACUAAUGGAAAGUGUCUUGCGUAAGAAAGAGAAUUCCUUCCUGAAAUACGCUUUGAACAAUCUUUGCGGUCAAACGAAGAGAGCGCGAAAACUCACAUUAGUACAAGUAAAAAAAUGAACCACACUUAUUUGCUCAUAAAGAAUCCUCAAUUACUAGCAUUUGUUAGGUGAGCAGAUAAAGUACGGAAUCGCGAUCAUGUCUCGGCGGUCUCAGAGCGAUAUCCGUGCGGGUGUUAGACGGACGUGGGCCUCGUGGAUUCGCCAGAAAGAGCAUUUUUUCGAACGUUGGACGACUUUGCGGAUGGGCCAAGUAGACUACCGAUUUUUCGUCGGCAAGCGUGGACCCGAGAACGACAACGAGGUCGAUUCAGAACUAGACGUGGAGGAAGUUGGUGUUGCCGAAAGCUAUCGGACCAUUAACGUGAAAGCGCUGAGCAUGGUAGCGAGAGCUCUGGAGAUCUGGCCGCGGCUGACGUUUCUGUUGCGCUGUGAUGAUGACAUUUAUUUGCGUCUUUUUCCGAUGCUCUACCACCUCGAGCGCCGAACACCUGUCAUGUAAUUUUUAUGAAAACGAGCACUGACUUUCUAUAAGGUUUCCAAAGGUUUUCAUCGUUGAGUCAAUUUCAUCCGAAGCCCUUUGAGCAAAAUUUUUGGCAAACGGAACGCGAUUGAAAUCCUCUUUUCGCACUAGGUACUGGUGGGGAAAUUUUGAUCACGGAUCGAACGUCGUGCGGAACGCAACGCAUCCGCACUACAAUACUUUCGAGCAGCUUCCGGAGCAAGUUCAUCCUAUGUGGGGUGACGUCUUUCCGCUCUACGCUCGGGGUAGUCUUUGGAUUAUGUCUUCCGACCUAGUAACGAAGGUCGUGGAAGCUUUCCGAAACGAAGAGCAAAUGUCACGAACCUCUGGUGAUGUUUCCUUAUUAGAGCUUGCGCGCUCAAUCCCUCAUCCCGACGACCCGAUGUUGGGCAUAUUUGUGGAAAAUUUGGUCGAUCGUGGUAGUCCCGUCAAUGUAGAUGACCGCGAUUGGAACUUGUUCUCCCUCAAUCCCAGUUGCGACGCGAAGUUUUCCAUGCUGCAUGAGCGCACUUGGGUCGCGCAUCAUCUAUCACCUGAAACGAUGGACUGCUUUUUUGACGUCGACAUGAAAAAUUUUACCAGCUUCAAAACUCCGGUGCCGUUACAGUUAUGAAAAUGUAAUCCUGAAUUGUUGAUACGAGUUCGAUUGGUUAGCUAUUUGAUGGCAAAAAAAAGUUGUAGACGGAAGAUGUAGCUGAGUUUGAAUCGUUACUAAAUCAUGUUCAUGUUGAUAAAACUUUGCUUGCCUUUUUCCUUGGCUUGUUAGUUCACAUCAGAAUUUUCUUCGCUCCUCGCUUUCAUGUCCUCGCGAUUUGCCAAGCCUAUGCAACUGCUCCAUGAAAGUAGAAGAGGAAGAUAAUGGGGACUGGGAUGAGCUUGAGAAUCUUGCACCAGGACAAGAUCAUUGGUAUCCUAGAAAGCGAUUCAAUCCGGAGCUAGAAUUCGUCGAUGAGAGUGACCAAGACGAGGAUGUUGCGACACUGGAUGCAGCACCAGCGAAAGGGGAAGAAGCGGUCGUUCGCAUAGACGGAGACUCAGUUAAUAGAACAGUAGUCGAUGAUGUGGAAGAGGAGAAGGACAAGAGGAAAAAACGAGAUGGAACGAUAACAACAGUUUCCGGAGAGGAGGAGGAUGUUUUAAGCUGAUUUCCUUCGGCGCAGAUGUUUUCCCAAAAUUAUCGAAAGAUGCGGUUACUUUGUUUCCAUGACCCUCGCGGACAUAGAUCGUAUACAGGUGUGUUUCAUACUCGUUCUUGCACCUAAAUCAAGUAUUUGCUUGUUUUGUGCUUUCGUUCUUGUGAAUAUAGUCGAACUUGUAUACCGGCUGUUCGCAGCCCCGCUGUUUUGUCGAUAGAAAAUAUACGUGUUGUGGGAUCACGCUUAGAUUCGGGUUGUUUGAGGGAACGAGCUGCACCGCAU